AUGACCCGGAUGAAAGGCAGUAGUGUGCAUCUCAUGAAGCUGUCCCAGUCCACCCUCAGGGAGCUCACCCAGGACCAGUUCUUCUGGGCCUGGGCCCUGGAGGAUGCCAUGGCGUUCAGGACAGACCAUGGGCUGCCCCAGGGUACCUCCUCUGGAACUUCCUGCCCAAGCUUCGCCAUGGACCUGGACACAGUGACUGGCAUGGUGUGGGGGCAGCCAGGGCAGCACCUGGCCAGCUGCCCUGUAGCCCCAGAUGGUUCCAGUGCCUCUGGACCUCUUUUUCUACUUUCUACGGGGAAACCUGCUCCCUCAGAGGCUGCCAGAGGGAAGAGUGAGCAAGGCAUUCCUGCAGCCCAGACCAGCCAGCGGCAUGUCCUGUGGCCUCUGACUCAACCUAUGAGACAGAGCUCUGUUCCCAGGGCACACUUCCCAGGACACGGGGCCCAGCCUCAACCGGAGCCCUGUGAAGGGAGGGGCACCAGGAUGACAAUAUCGGGGACCGUGGCGCUGCACACCUGGGCACUGUACUUUUCAUUGGAGAAUCCAGGCAAGAUCUUGAAGCAGGUGCAUGAGGUCCUGAGCCUGUGCAGCAAACAGCACUCAUCUGGGGCUGGCACAAAGGGGUCUACAGAGCCACGGCCACUGCUGCCUCCUCCCAGCCCCAUCUGUGCAGUGCAAGUGAUCCACACCCGCUCCUAA